GGAGUAAAUCCAUAUCAGACAGGGGCGCCGUGGUUGGAUGACGGAGAGCAGGCAGGGACCCCCGCCUGUCUGGGUUUAUAAAAGGAGCCUCCAGCGGCGGGAGCUGAACAGAGGAGCAGCAUGGAGCUGAGAGAGGCGGCGGCUCUCCGCCAGCAGCGCAGGAUUAAACAGGCGAUCCAGUUUUUACACAAGGAUUCAGCGGACCUGCUGCCUUUAGAUGGCCUCAAGAAACUGGGAACCUCUAAAGAGGGGCAACCACAUAACAUUCUCCAGAGAAGGCUGCUGGAGGCCAACUUAUCACGAAACAGACUCAACAGCCGCACAAUGAAAGCACCUGUGAAUAAUAUAGUUCAGAGCCAUGGUGUUAACAGCGAGACACAGGAGACGGAGAGUGACCUCAUUCAAGUCAUGGGUCAGUGCUCAGGGCGGGAGGUGGUGGUUACUGUCAACACUGGCUGUACAUUAAACCUCAUAUCAUCAGUCAGUGUGGAGAAACUUGGCUUGAAGGAAAAGAUCAUCAGUGGCAAAAGCGAGGCUGACUUAGGGCCACUCCAGCACAACCUACUAAUCAUCGGACAGAUUGUGCUGAGUUUAGUCAUUGGACAAACAAAGAUGGAGCUUUUAUUUAGUGUUGUGGAAAUUGACAGGAUGUUCCUCUCACUUGGUACAAAGACGCUAAAGGCCCUGAAGUGUGUGAUUGACACUGAAAAGCAGAUGCUGGUUCUUGGAAAAUCCGUAAGAGAGCAAGUCCAUUUUGCUGGAAGACAUGAAAAUGAAGUCUCCAUGGAAUAAAAGGAAUCUACACAUUAAUUUUCCUUCUGUUGGAAAGGCUGUGUUUUGAGAACCAAGCAAAACUGAAGUUUAGAUGGAUUUCAGUCUUUACUGGAAUCACUGAAUCUUACCACCAAGCCCUAUCAUGUACCAGUCUCUCUCUCUCUACACACACACACACACACGCACUGUUUUUCACACACAAUUGUACUACAGAGCUCAUAAUGAGCUAGAUAGCUUUCCAAGCAGGACACUGCUGAAUUAUAAAUAAAGGCCAAGUAUCAUUCAGCAGACACACUUACACAGAAAACCAUGUGUACGUAACACAAGCUUACACUAAUUUGGCCAGUGACUAAGAUUUACUAGAAAUUGGACACCAGUUGAUUAACAUAUAUAUUUAUUAUAAUUUCAUAUAUGUCUUUUAUAUUUGGAAAACUGCAUAGGAAAACUGAAAUAGCAUAGAUCAUUGAUUAUACAAAUCAAAUGCAACAGAGUAAGUUUUCAUCUGAUUGAGCUGCUUGUCAACCACCUUCACCAUCAGAACUUCCGCUACAGAAUUCUGUACAUACUGAUAUUAACUAUAGAUGCACUGAUACCUUUUUGCUUAACAACCAGCAGUAAUACAUACAUAACAAUACUAGCACCGUUUAUUAAAGCCCAGAUGUCUACCUCCCAUUAGAAUUCUGAUGUUGCACAGUUUAACGCUGACAGUUUUACUGUCAAGUUUACAUCCCACAAGCAGGUAGUGGCCUGUUUAGCUUUGGAAACCUGGAUGUAGCCAGUUUUGUUUAUUAAAGUUUUCCUUUAAUAAGAGUAAUUUGUAGUACAACUUUAGGCCUUAUAUUCUAAUAUAUAUAUAUUAUAUAAAGUGUGUUAUAUAGUGAUUCUUAACUAGUUCCUCUGGGCCGAACAUUUGCUCUCAUCCAGCUCCCAAUACAUCUGGACCACUGAUCCGGUAUCACUGCUCCAUUAUGUUGUGAUUGGUUCAAUCCUAGUAGUAGUGAUUGCUGUUGUUUAAGUAUUUAUAUGAACUUAAGCAUUAUGUUGUCCAGUAGGUUGCCUGCUUCAACAGGCCUGAUUUAACUGAUCCCACGCAUUAUUCUGCUUAAUUUAAUGAAUUAAAUUAAAUUAAUGUAAUUAAUUUUAUCACUGUUCAGUGUCUCUGAAUUAAAAAAAAAUUAAAAUAUGUUACUUGAUGCUGGAAUAUGGGUUUCCAAUUUCUCCUAGUGAGGAAAAACUACAUCAUCCUGGUGGCAGAUUAAAUGUCCUGAAUUGGCUGUCACAUAACUAACACUAAUCAGAGCCUUUGAGCAAGACUCCCAAUGUUACACCUGCCUACCUGUGUAACAUCAUUCAAAUGUUAGUCAAUCUGGAAAAGAGUGUAAGCUAAAUGAUGUAAAUGUAGAGGUAAGAUAUCUUGGAGCUAUCUUGAUUUUAGAAAUAGGCUACCAACAAUACUAGCUAAUAUAAUUAAUAACGAUCAGGGUAUUUGCAGGUAUGGGGAUAUUAAAGUAGACUUUUUAAUAUUACUCAGAGACAAAAUAAAGAGCACGUUUACAUUACAAAUUGGCAAAAAGCCCUAAUGUCAACACCAAUAUAACGUUUAAUGCAAAACAUAUUUACAUUAAAUGUACACUUUCGCAUGCCUACACUGUACUAAAAAUAGUACCCUGCACAUGUGAUGUGGCAACAUAUUACACAUUUAUUGUCUAUGUCAUUUUUAAGACUUUUGAGAGGUGAAUGUUUGUCAUUUUAUGACAAUUUACGACCUUUCAGGUGAACAAAUUUAACACCCUUUAAGACACUAAUAUUUGUUACAAUCAUUAUGAAGAAAUCUGACUCUGUAAAAAAAACUCUUCUUUUAAUGAAUCAUGUUACACCAGAAUCCGAAACAUAACGUUUCUAUUUCAGUGCUUAAAUAUUUGUGAUAUAAUUGCAGAAGUUUCCCUUUAAUUAUCAAGGUCAGUUAAUACGUCUCAGCAGGGAAAACACUAUAAUGUUUAGUUUACUCAAUGUAGCAUACAGUAGGCUUACACCAAAGUAAACUAGUAAAAUAACUGCUAUUCACAUGUAUUGCCUUGAUAGAACAAAGUUUACAAAAGUGUUUUGUAUGUUUAUAAUCAGAAUAUUUCACUAGACAGUUGUAUUGAUCUUGUGAUGUAGCCUAUUUAUGUUUAAUAAAAUAAACAUUUAUUUAAACAUUUAAA